CGCCAAGACACGAGAAGAAGAUCAGCUCACGUCACAAUGAACCCUUAAUGUUGUAUUGGUGCUCUUCAUCUUUUAUAUGAUUAAUGUUUGUUAGUGUUAUCUCUCCAGGAGCUUCUGUCUGUAAUGAAGAAGAACAAAAGACAUCAGUAAAUCUGCUGGACUGUGGGAUGGAGCUGAAACAAGAAAUCAAAGAAGAACAAACAGAUAAAGAGGAUUUGAUUUAUUCAAACCUGAUAAAGGUGAAGGAGGAAAGUUCGGAUGAAACUGAGGAGAAACCUCAUCAUUAUAAACCUGAAGAAGAAUCUCUGCGCUGCUUGAAGACUGAGAAGAUUUUUUCAGAUGAAGAUUCUUGUACGUGCUCUCGGUGUGGAAAAAUCUUUAUUUGUAAGUCUGACCUUAAUGUGCACAUGCAAAUUCACACUGGAGAAAAGUGUUAUGAAUGUGAUGAGUGUGGAAAGAGCUUCUCUUGUAACUUCAACCUUAAUGCACACAAGAGAAUUCACACUGGAGAGAAACCUUUCACAUGUGAUGAGUGUGGAAAGAGCUUCAGUCACAAGUCCAGCCUUAAGGUGCACAGGAGAAUUCACACCGGAGAAAAGCCUUACAGAUGUGAUGAAUGUGGAAAUAGCUUUGUUUAUAAGUCCUCCCUUAAUAUGCACAAAACAAGUCACACUGGAGAAAAGCCUUACAGAUGUGAUCAGUGUGGACAGAGCUUCAUUCAAAAGUCCAACCUUCUUGUACACACAAAAAUUCACACUGGAGAAAAGCCUUACAGAUGUGAUCAGUGUGAACAGAGCUUCAUUCAAAAGUCCAGCCUUCUUGUACACACAAAAAUUCACAAUGGAAUAAAGUCAUACUGUUGUCCUGAGUGUGGAAAAAGCUUUAUUCAAAAGUCCAGCCUUGGUGCACAUGUGCGAAUUCACACCGGAAUAAGGCCUUAUCGUUGUGACCAGUGUGGAAAGAGCUUCACUCAAAAGUCCAACCUUGGUACACACAUGCGAAUUCACGCUGGAAUAAAGCCUUACAGAUGUGAUGAGUGUGGAAAGACCUUCACUCAUAAGUCAAGCAUUACUCUGCACAGGAGAAUUCACACUGGAGAAUAGCAGAUCCUAUCAAUCCAUCCAUUCAUCUAUCUACUUUGACUUGAAGAGCAAGAUUUUGUGUCGUAUUGAAUCGAUGCUAGUUUUGUCAAACAAGGAAGUGUGAGGGGGAACGGAUAGUGUUUUUGACUGGCAUGCUGCCAUGUUGGGUUUGAAUCCGGAGUGAAGUCUCCCUGUCUACAUUGUUGUAAUAGCUAUUUAAAGAUCUUUUUUAUUGAUGUCUGUCUGACAACUACAUGAACUUAGUUUUGUAACUUGUAGCUAUAAAUCCUUGAUGUUCAUGUCCACUUAAGUCUUGUCAGCGUACCUUUGUCUUAAAAUAAAAAAGUGUAAUAAUAUAUAUACAAACUACAAAGUAUUUAUAGCAUAUAUAUGAGAUGCGCAUGUGCUUGAUUGUGUUUGUAACAGCCACAAAAUGGCCGGUCACAAUGUUUUUACUUGUUGAUUGCAAAUGUGCAAAAUUGGUCUGUAACUUCACAAAUGUUGAUGCAGGUGUCUUGUACCAUAUUCACUGAAGCAAUUACAACAAAAAAAAGAUGAGUGUAUGAGUUUCUUGAUCUGUGAUUCAUAGAAUAUAGAUUUUUUUGUAUGUGUGUUAUGUUUGAGGAAAAGAAAAACAUCAAGUUUGCAACCCUUAAAACGUU